AAUGAAUUAGAAAAUUCAUGGCAACUAUAUUUACCUUUGACUCACUAUCCUUAAUAAAUUUAGCUUUUUGGUGCUUCAUAAGAAAAUAUUUGGGCACCCCUGGUUUAGAGGGUAGGGGUGGGAAUAGUAGUUGCUUAAAUUUCUCUGUAAAAAAACUUUGUAAUUUCUGUAAGUGUAUUAAACAGAUAAAAAAAAAGUAUUAUACGAUGUUGUACUUUGAUUUUAAAAUGAUGUUAAAUCUUUUAUUUUAGUAAACACAAUAACCAAUGAAACCUUAUUGUAAAGUGUGACCAAAAAAUGUAAUUAAAUUUACUAUUAUUCUUGUUUUUCUUACCUGAUAACAGAUUCCCAGGGCGCCCCCGGUGUCCACAGAGAGUAAUGCAGAAGACACUUUCUGCUUCUCCUGAAGAAUGUAUUUGGCCCUUCAUGAAUCUGAUGUUGUGUGUUCUCUGGGAACAUGAACACCAAUUGUACUUCGCAGACAACAAACCUCACCAUGGACCCUCUAGGGGGACAUCAUGAAUGGGAGGUGGUUCUGAUCGUGCUAGUGACAGGACCUCUUUCCCUCAUCACCAUCCUGGGAAACUCUCUGGUGGUCAUAUCCAUCCGGGUCAACAGUCAGCUCCGGACCAUCAGUAACUACUAUCUUCUGAGUCUGGCGGUUGCAGACUUGAUCUUGGGUACAGUGUCAAUGAACUUAUAUACUGCAUAUGUAAUCUUGGGCCGCUGGACGUUAGGACCUCUGGCUUGUGAUUUAUGGUUGACACUUGACUAUGUAGUAAGCAAUGCAUCGGUAAUGAACCUGCUUGUUAUAAGCUUUGACCGAUACUUUUCUGUUACACGACCGCUGACUUAUCGAACGAAGCGAACUCCAAAAACGGCAGCUGUCUUGAUUGCUCUGGCAUGGGUGAUAUCUUUUAUAUUAUGGGGGCCUGCAAUCUUAUUUUGGCCUCAUGUAAUGGGACGACCAUCUGGAGCUGAAGCUCAUGUCUGUUCCAUCCCAUUUCUCAAGGUACCUCCUAUAACAUACGGCACGGCGAUUGCUGCUUUCUACCUACCCGUCAGCAUCAUGAUCAUUUUAUACUGGCGAAUAUAUUGGGAGAUUGAGAAUCGGGCGAAAGGGCUUGCUGGUUUUGUUGGAUCUGUGAAAAACGCUACAGAAAUUCUGGAAGGGUUUGACAAACAAUCAAUGCACCAAACCAGCAGUAAGAGCACAUUAAGUAUUUCAAGGGAAGGAAUAUCCAAAAAGGGACAAGGCAAGUCAGUUGGUUGCUUCACUUGGAUUUUGAGAAACAAAACAGCAGCUCACGAAAGUUACAAGGAGCCUUACAGCAGCAGUAGCUGGAACACUGAAGAUGUGGAUGACAGUGUCUUGUCUUCAUCCACAGAUGAAGAACAUGAGCCAAACAACAAGUUAAAAGCACCUUCAUCUAAUCCUUCUGCGAUUAAGUUGAAGGAUCUACACUGCAGAUCAGACGAUACAAAGGGUGUGCAAGAGCAGAACUCUCCUGCUGAGCGUCUUACUAAACAGUGCCAUUUAAAACCCAAAAAGUCUGAUCAUAGCAUUCGCCAACAGCUCAGAGCUAAACAUCGAAUUAUUUUGAUUAUUAAAGAAAAGAAAGCAGCCCGGACGCUAAGUGCCAUCUUGUUGGCGUUCAUCCUCACAUGGACGCCCUACAACAUCAUGGUUUUGGCCUCCAUUUCAUACUGUGUUCCUGAAAAGCUCUGGCAGCUGGGAUACUGGCUCUGCUAUGUGAACAGUACAGUGAACCCCAUGUGCUACGCCCUCUGCAACGAAUCUUUCAGGGUCACAUUCAAGUCUCUGCUACUCUGUCGAGGUGGAGAUAAACGGAAGUGGGACACAAACAGUUGGAAUCGCCAUGCGUUUGUGAGGCAGAAUACGCCUUGUAGUACAGUGUAGUCAUUCGGCAUUCUACAAUCCUGUUCCUUGAGAUCUGUCUGCCUGCAAAGGUCAGCUUUGACAGUGUUAAAACAUAACUGAAGGUCUUUGGUGGGGUGGCAUGAUACUGGUAAAGUAUGUAAUAUUGCUGUUGAGUAUUGCCAUAAUCUUGCAGUAUAACAUUUCCAUAGAGAGGAAUGAUACUUAUUUUUUUCAAUCAUCAUUCUAAAAUAACAGGUAAUAUGUAUUAUUUCUGUUCUUAUUAAAUCUAAUUCAGGCUGAAAAUCUCAUAGUUUGCCAUUGGCAUUUUUUCAGCUCUACAGGGUCGCUGUAGCCAAUAGCAGAUUACUAGGGAGAAGUUUAUAAAAAUAGAAAAGCCUCAUCUGACUUGGAUAAACAAUGAUUUUCUUGAUUUUCUGUUACUUCAUAUGGGAGUUACAGUUUCUGCAGAUUUCAAGUCAAUUUUAAGACUUUUUAGGACAUUUUUAAGAUUGUUAUAAAUAAUAUAACAUAAUUUCAGUCUUAUACAGAGCUAAACACUAAGAAUUUUUUUUUAGGUUGGUCACGUAGAAAGAGGUUUACUUGCCUUAUCAAAAUAAAAUCUAAUUAGUUAUUUCUGUGCUUAAUAAUGUGUCAAAACAAGCAAAACCUAGUUCUCUGGUACAAGCACAUUUAUACCUUUUCUUCUUUUUCAAAAAAAAAAAAAAACAUUAGUAUUUAGAGUUUGAUUAAA